AUGUCCACCACAAUCCUCGCAUCACUUCUCCACAACAUCGAAAACUUCCUCGCCUACCUCUUCACACCCCUAAACACGCAUCUCUCAUCAUCCGCACAACAAUUCCUCAUCAUCACCUCCGCCUGCUUCACCAGCAUCCUAAUUUUCUCAUUCCUAAACAAGGCCGUUAACACUUUCGGCGCUCUUCUCACACGUAUACUUAUUUCUCCCGAAACAAUUCUCAACCAAGCUCUCGGAGAAAUUGAAGCUAUUCCUACAUCUGCGGAGACGCUUUUUAGUCAAGCAUUUUGCAAAUUCGACGCGGUGCGGAAUUAUAAAACUAUCAAAAAUGAGAAAGAUUUACAAGAUUUGCAAGAUUCUAAGACUAUUAUGAAAAAAGAAAAGAACGUUUGGCAACCAACUGCUAAACAGACAAAAUAUAUGCCCAUGGCUUUGUAUGGGAUGUUCCUGACAUGCUAUUUUGUAUAUGUGGUUUUGGAGUUUGAAGGCUGGGUGAGGGAAGGGAUCCUUGUACUUUCGGGACUGAGUUUGGUUAAUGUGGGAGUUUUGAAUUUGUUGGGCGGAGCGAGAGGAGGGGGUUAG